AUGACCAGGGCUAGGAAAGGCACACUGGUGCAGUGUGAUCCCUCUAUACGUGCUUUGAUUUUAAGGAUGGAUGCUGAUAGAAACGAUAUCAUUUAUGAAGAACUUGAUGAUACUCAUUUAUUGGUGGACCCAAGCAAGGUCGAAUUCAUCAAGUAUGAAUUGAAUAGGUUGCUAUCCGAGAACAUUUAUAAUCCUUUGGAUGAGGAAGAAAAUGCUUAA